AGCUGGGCACAGCCAGAUUUCCCCAGAGGAAGAGCCUUCCUCAACCAGGCCCACGAAAGAUGCUGAAAGAGACUCUCUCGGCCGUGGCCUGGCUCUGCAUUUUCACUGUGGCCUUUGUCAGCCACCCAGUGUGGCCACAGAAGCCCCCUAAGCGCAAGACACCUGCAGAGCUCACCGUGGCCGGCUGCUGUGAGGAGGCGAAGGAGCUCAAGGCCCAAAUUGCCAACCUAAGCAGCCUGCUGAGCGACCUGAGCAGGAAGCAGGAAAGGGACUGGGUCAACGUGGUCAUGCAGGUGAUGGAGCUGGAGAGCAAUUCCAAGCGCAUGGAGUCGCGGCUCACAGAGGCCGAGAGCAAGUACUCCGAGAUGAACAAUCAGAUCGGCAUCAUGCAGCUGCAGGCAGCGCAGACUGUCACCCAGACCUUGGCAGAUGCCAUCUAUGACUGCUCGUCUCUCUACCAGAAGAACUACCGCAUCUCUGGAGUGUACAAGCUUCCUCCCGAUGACUUCCUGGGCAGCCCUGAGCUGGAGGUGUUCUGUGACAUGGAGACUUCAGGCGGUGGCUGGACCACCAUUCAGAGGAGAAAGAGCGGCCUCGUCUCCUUCUUCCGGGACUGGAAGCAGUACCAGCAGGGCUUCGGCAGCAUCCACGGGGACUUCUGGCUGGGCAACGACCACAUCCACCGGCUCUCCAGGCGGCCAACCCGGCUACGCGUGGAGAUGGAGGACUGGGAGGGCAACAUGCGCUACGCUGAGUACAGCCACUUUGUUUUGGGCAAUGAACGGAACAGCUACCGCCUCUUCCUGGGGAACUACAGCGGCAACGUGGGGAACGAUGCCCUGGUCUAUCACAACAACACAGCCUUCAGCACCAAGGACAAGGACAAUGACAACUGCUUAGACAAGUGCGCCCAGCUCCGGAAAGGUGGGUACUGGUACAACUGCUGCACAGACUCCAACCUCAACGGCGUUUACUACCGCCUCGGGGAGCACAACAAGCACCUGGACGGCAUCACCUGGUACGGCUGGCACGGCUCUAGCUACUCCCUCAAACGAGUGGAGAUGAAAAUCCGCCCAGAAGACUUUCAGCCGUGAAAAGAAGCCUGCUCUGGAGCAGGGCUGGAGAAACGGAGACAGACGGAGGCUGGGAAAAGGCAGAGGAGGAGAGGAAGGGAGUAUAGAAAGGGCAGGGACAGAAAAUGGCCUAUCAUCUUCAGUGAGAGAGUAAGUCUCUUAGGAGAACAAAAAAAACUACGUACUGAGGACGUUACAGUAAAUGGGAGGAAGUAUUUAAACACAAUGGGUCCAGACACAUACUUCUCAGGGGGCUGGCCUGAGUGGGCUGUCUGCCUGUGAUCCCUGACAUAGCAGCA